CGGCGCUCGUGGCUGAUUCUCCACUCCCCCUCCCCCCCGUCAAGGUUUCGACGAUCCCUGGCUCUCCUCGAGUCCGGCCGAUGUUCGACGCCACCACACACACACCUCUCAACUGACAGUGGACUGACCACCAACCUCACCGUUUUGUCUUGUCUGGCGCCGUUCACUUUGUCGCAACGCAAGGUGUCUGCCUGUUCGUCCUCUUUAGGGCACAUCCUUGGUGAAGGAUGACGAGAGUCGGCCGACAGCUCUUGAGCGUCGGUCUAUCCACAUCCCGAUGAACAACACCCGCUCGUAGCUCCAUCCAGGGCAACAUCCCGCCGGGAUCCCCUUAUUCUUUUCUUUUUUUUUCCCGCUCCUUUUGUGUUUAUUAUUUUCCUCCCGGCGCCAUGAGAGGAGAGAGAUUCCGGCCAGUCAGCUUACAUGCUCCCCCAAGCCCCUUGACGUCAAAACGCGCCGCGGAUCUCCCAAACACGACACACCACGAAUACUCUCUCCUCUUACUCUCCUCUCUUCCCAGCUUACCCUGCCUAUGGACCGUACCGACCAAUGUAGAGUACACGCGCCUCGUAUCGGAGCCUCGUCGGGCAUGGUUCCUUUCAUGUCCGCCAAGACACCAAGGCGCUCAGGGCUGAACGGGCCAACCCAACCCCUCGUAGGGUCUUGAAGCAAGUGAGUGCUUGCUUCUAUGCAGGAUGGAUGGGGGGCACACCGUCGUCGGUCGUCGGUCGUCGUCCUCGUCCCGUUUCUCAAACUUCUCCACGAUGGGACAGGAUGGGCGAUCCGUCUCGACCGUCAUCCCUCCAGGCCCUCAGGUCACUAGGCUAUGCAGGUAGGUCCAUCUAUCUAUGUAGCGGGAAAUUUCAUUAGACUCUAUUCUUGUAUGGGUCGACCCAUACGUGAGCUCUUGGCUGGGACCCAUCGUCAACUCAGACCGUCCACUGUCCACUGUUCCAUGUCCCCUUGUUCAGGCCUCUUCUCCGUAACGUCCCAACUCUUCAUAUAAGUCGUCUGCCUUUUCCUUCCCAUCCCCCCCCCCCCCUUCUUCCAGCCCCUCGACUUAUUGCUUCAUCCUACAUCCAACUUGUCACCAGCCAAGCAAGCUUAAUAUCAACUCCUCGCGCCCGAGUCCUCCAGUCUCACUUAUCUUGCUGCCCCCCUGCAUCGCCUUCCAUUCUCACCUUGCUUUGAGUCUCGUCCACGACAGCAACCAUGUACUCCUCUGCUCUUAGCGCUACUACUGCGGUCCUUGCCCUCGCCGGAGGUGCCUACGCAAGGUAUGUGUACGCUCCAGAAGAGGGGGGGGGGGGGGGGGGAAGGCUCCUCUGCCUCUCGUCUUCUUGGCUUGGCCCUCGGACGCCGGUAUGAAACUGACAUAUCCUCCCUCAGCCCUCUCUCCCGCCGCCAGAGCCCCCCUGUCGGCCAGAUCAUCUCGCAGUGCACGCAGACGGGUGUCGUCGCCCUCACCUAUGACGACGGGCCCUUCACCUUCACGCCGCAGCUGCUCGACAUCCUCGCCGCCAACGACGUCAAGGCCACCUUCUUCGUCAACGGCAACAACUUCGCUAACAUCGAGGAGGGCAUCGGCCCGGCCACCAUCAACCGCAUGAAGAACGAGGGCCAUCUCGUCGGCUCCCACACCUACGCCCACCCGGACCUCAACACCCUCUCCUCGGCCGACCGCAUCGCCCAGAUGACCCAGCUCGAGGACGCCACCCGCCGCAUCGCCGGCUUCGCGCCCAAGUACAUGCGCCCCCCCUUCCUCUCGUGCGACGAAGGCUGCCUCUCUGACCUCGCCGGCCUGGGGUACCACGUCAUCGACACCAACCUCGACACCAAGGACUUUGAGAACAACACGCCCGAUACGACCCACAUCUCGACCGAGAAGUUCAACAACGAGCUCAGCAACGACCCGGCAUCCAGCAGCGCCAUCGUCCUGUCCCACGACGUCCACGAGCAGACCGUCAUCUCCCUCACUCAGAAGAUGAUCGACACCCUCAAGGCCAAGGGCUACCGCGCCGUCACCGUCGGGGAGUGCCUGGGCGACGCCCCCGAGAACUGGUACAAGGCCUAAAGCUGGGAGAUGCUUUCGUCGGUUUUGUGUUAGUGAUUGUGAGGCGGGGUUUCCAAAUGGGGAGGGGAAGAGUCGGGGAUUGUUUGGGUUGCAAGGUCAUCAGCAUGGCGAGACUUGGCUGGAGAAGGGAGGAAAAAAGACUUUUGUUGGUUUUCUACCGCCGGUUUUCUCAUGGGCGCCGUGGAGGGGACUAGCCCUAACGGAGUUUCGCUGGCUGCCUUCUCUCUUUUGGCUGUAUAUAAAUCAUGGGGAGGACAUACCAGAGCAUCCACGGCGCAAGUAAUCUUGUGGACAUACCAAUUUAUAAUACCGUUC